CGCCUCCGCCUACACCAGCCACUUUUUUUCUUCGUCUUCCUCCUCCUCCUUCUUCACUGUUAGCCCCAUCCCACGCCAUCCUCAUCAGAUCCCUUUGCUGAUGAGCUGACACCUCACAUCCCCCCUCCGCCCUCGUUUCUUUUUAGUUCUUUAUUUUUUUAUUUUUUAUUUUUCAUUUUCUAUUACACCUGCAACGUUCCUGACCUCCGUCCAAAAACUUUCCCCACAAGCCCAAAUACACAUCUUUUCUCGGUUGAAUAUGUCCCUCACCAAGGCUGUCGUCGGCUUUCUCGAGAUCGAGGUCGUCAACCCGGCAGCAAAGUUCGUCGAGAAGGUUGCAUUCGAGAUGCCCAGGGUGACUGACUUGGCGGACACCUACAAGGGGACCUGGUAUCUCUCGCCACGACAGCACACCAUCGAGUUCGUCUGUUACAACGUCCUCUUCUUUGUCCUUUUCAGAGUCGGGCUGUAUCUCUUCAGGAAGAAAGGGUCGGCAUUUUACAGUCGUCGCCUGGAUCAACUGACAGAGAACAUUAAUGCUAAUGUGCUGUCUGGACAUGUUAUGGACAAGGCAGUGUUGACUUUGUUGUGCGGAUCAUAUGCGCUUACUGUCUAUCACAAGAUUUUCGGCGACAACUAUAUGUAUCUACUUCAGCCCUGCCACGUCAACAUCCUGAUCCUGAUCUUCACCAUGGUUGGCCCUCGUGAAAACAAGUUCACCAAUAUGGCGUUUAAUUCGUACCUACACUACAUUUGGGCCACCAUCUUUGCGCUCUCAUUUCCGGAUACGGCCGAGAAUGGCCUCUGGCUGGUCAUUGAGAAUUUCUGGCUUGAGCACUACCUGUUGUUGCUCGUACCCAUUUAUUUGAUCUACACAGGCAGAUUCGUGGUGUUCCCUCUGUCGUUCUCAUACGCAGUUCUCUCGUACGCGCUCUUCUCACUCUUCCACUCGUUUGUGCUGAGUGGUUUUGGAUUGCUGACAGGACACAACCUCAACUAUAUGCUUGUCCCUCCCAAUUCCCCAUUGAUGCACAGCCUGGGAAAGUACUACCGCGUGACAAUAUAUGGCGUUACGUUCCUUAUGACUUUGAUCUCGCGGUACGUUAUCGUCGAGGUCUUGUCAGUGGGCCUCAGAGUCAAGGCGUGGAGGAUGGCGAACAACUUGAUGCGCGAGCAGGGCAUUCCGCAAACUAAGGAGAAAGAGUUGAAGCGAGACUAAAAUGAUCGCCCAGAUCGAACCCGUAUAGAUUACUUAAUAAGGCAUAUUUCAUAAAGCAUUUUUUUUAAUAGUC